UGAUCCCGGUGUCAGAAUUAUCAGUGAUCGGUGGAAACUUAACCAAGCAUUGCAUAAGUUUAGCUCCUGAUUUUGGUCUCAGAACAUCAGCGACAGGAAAUCUCGAAACUUGUUACAUCCAAGUUUCGAUCGUAACGGCUGUAGUGCAGUGAGCGAAAAGUGAAAAUUGGCAAAAAUGAUUAAGGCCGUGGUUGUUCUUGCUGUGCUGUGUGGCAUCACAGCUGCUUACAAAGUUCCCGUGCAAAAUGCUUUCAUGUAUUACCAACAACCAAUGGGUAAUUACAUGCCUUCACAUGCCGUGUACGGAAUUCAUUUCCAGAACCAGCAGCUGCGAAAUCAACGAGUAUCUGCAUUCGCUGCUGGUAACACCAUUGCAACUGGCACAUACUUGAAAGAUUGCCAAAACGCAGAUGACGAUAGUGAUGAGGAGGCUGUUCAGGACCCAAAUGUAGAGUCUGAGGCUGAUGCCAACCAAUCGGAGCUGCCAGUCGAAGAAGAAUCUAAUCAAGAUGCUCCAGCUGUUCACGAGACCGAGGAUGAAGAAUCAACAGCUGAUGAACCAGCAGUUGCUCCAGUGGUUCCAGCUGUUGCACCAUCAGCCACGGUCCCAGAAAAGAAGAAGAAGAAGGUUCCCGUGCAAGUAGAUUCCGAUGAAGAAGAGGAACAGGUCGUUAAGGGUGGACGCCGUGGUGCCAGCGAUUCGGCUGCUCCAAAUGCUUUCUUCCCAAUCAGCUUUGGAAGCACGAGUGGUGGACCAAUUGCCAUUGCCAACUCAUACAACACCGGAAAGGAAGGUACAGCCUCCAGCACUGCCAUCGCCCAUGGAAGCACGGUUAUCGAUGAGCUGAGACGAGUUCCAGUUCAACUGAAGAAGAAGCCCUCCAAACUGCAGGCAAGAAAAAUUUAAAGUUGUAGUAAGGAGCAACUCAGCUUAGUCGUAGGAUGAUCAAAACGAAGGUGAAAUAGCAUUUUAUUUCUGGAAAAGUGCAAUACACAGACAAUAUUUAUUUUGUACAUAACACAACCCAUAGACCCAAAAACGAAGUAUUUGAAUAAAUGUGAUUACUGCAACAUACAAAGUAA